ACAUGCCUGAACAUGCCUGAUGAUGGACAGGAAUGAUGGAGGACAGAAAGAGAUCUGUGUUUCCCAGUUUACUCUCCUCUAUCCACCACAACUCCGUGUUCAGUCACCUAGUAGAUCGUUAGAUUGACGUUUUGCACAGAGCUCCUUCUAUUGUGUUCUAGCUUGUAUAUCCUCCUCUCCUCUCCUCUCCUCUCCCACAUCAGCUCUUUUUCUUCCCUCACGACUCUGUGCCCACUCUCCUCUCCCUUCUCCUCCUCUCUCUGCAUCCUCUGCUCCUCUCCCUUUCUCCCUGCCUUCAUUCUCUCCUCUCUCCCUGUUUCUCUCCAUCUCCACAGCUGCCUGCUCCUUCCCUUUCUCCCUCCCUCGUCCCCUGCUCCCUUCUCACUCUCCUCGUCCUCGGAGUGGCGGCAGCGUGACUGCCUGCGUCAGCCAGCCCUGCAAGCCCCUGCCAGCUAGUGAACGCUGCUACUGGAGCUGCUGUACCCUGCAGAGAGCCCUGUGUGUGUGUGUGUGUGUGUGUGUGUGUGUGUGUGUAUGAGUGUACGCAGAUGGGAAAGCAACUGAGUCAGGGAGGGCUGCCUCUCAUCUCCUCGCUGUUAUCACCAUCCUUCACUCUCCCUCCUCUCCUCCUCUGCUGCCAUGGAGCUCCAGCAGGCUGAAUCACAACAGCGUCUGCAGAAAGGGCUGAGCAGAUAGAUGUGUAUGCGUGUGUGGUGCUCCGUUGGGCCAGUAUGGAGCGUGUGUGUCUGAGAAGGUGGGCAUUGGGCUCUGCUGUCGUGUUCCUUCACACACUGGCCUUAUCCUGGACAGGUGCAAUUGAACCCGCCCCCAAAAUUGACGGACGGCACCAGGCAGCUGUGACACUGCAGGAGAACAUGACACACCGGUUCAACUGCCAAUCAGGCGGCUGGGAUCCCCGGGCACCUCCCUUGCUAACCUGGUACCUGAAUGGGGAGCAGCAGAGAGAGCCAUCACCCAACCGUGGGCGCCUGGUGAUGAAGUCACAGGAAGCUUCCGAGGUCAUGAGACCGGGGACCAAUCACAGCACCUUCUCUCUGCGGGCGAGGAAGUGGGACAGGGAGCUGGUGUGUGUCGCAUCGAACCCCAGGACAGGAGAGAGCUACAAUGCCACGGUCACACUCAAUGUCCAGUUUCAGCCAGAGAUCCUCAGGGUGAACGCCCACUACAGUGAAACCUCAGACCCCGGCCUCUCCCUGGUCCUCUUUGCCUUGGUACGGUCCAACCCGCCUGCCACCAUCACCUUUGUGGACCAGUCCGGCCAGCUGGUGGCCAACACCUCAGACUUCCUCAUCCUAGACUCGCGUAGCUACCCCUGGCUGACCAAUCACACGCUGAGGGUCAUGCUCAGUAGCCUAUCAGGGAACGUCUCGCUGAACGCCAGCAACAGUGUGGGAACGGUGCAGAGCAACCUCACACUGGCAGAGUUCCUGCAGUCUCGUGUGGAGGUGCCCAUGCUGGGAAUAGUGACUGGGGGAGCCAUGGCCUUCAUGGCCCUCCUCAUCCUCAGUCUGAUAGUUCUCUGCCUCAUGCAAAAAAACAAGAGCAAGUCCUUUGAUGAACCAGUGGAGAUUCUGAUGACCAAGAAAAGUGAAUCUGCCAGUCUGAAGGCAGAGAAAGCUGAUAAGACCCACAUCCCCAGAGAGAACAUGUCUCUGCCUUCCAACAUGCAGCUCAACGACCUCAGCACUUUGAGAAAAGCCCGAGAGGCUGCCCAGCAGAAUAGUGUGGGAGAGAAGAAGAAAGAGGAAGAGGAGGAGGAAGAUCUGUCGUUAGCCUACGCUGCCAGAGGUUUUGCCAGAUAUCCGAUGGUGGGCUACAUCUAUAAGGUGAACAGCACAAGCAGUGAGGAGAUCUGGCUCUGACUGAAGUUACACACAAACACACACAUACUGUACAUGCAUGCAAAACUAUUUCCAACAGUGCACUUGUCCAAGAGGAAACCCAGUACAACUGCCAGUCAGUCAUUCAGCCAGUCAUCAGUCACCUUCAAGCUGGACCAGGAUGACCAGGAACCAGAAACUGUCUUGUUGUGAAGAUCUUAUCUGUUUCUGGGCCGCAUACAGUACCAACACACUCUCUGACAAGUUCAUCCGUGAACUUGAAUUUCUUGUUCACAAAACAAAACUGUCGAUGUUUUUGUCUUUCUGAAUCUCAAUAAUGCAAAAGUAUGAACUCUACAUAAAAAUGCUCAUAUUCUGUAUGUUUUGACAUGAUUUCCUCUCAUAACCACAUACUCUUAAUGUCCUCCUCCCUGUUGCAUUAUUGGAAUGCAUUAAUUGUUCUAUGCUAACACCAGAAUGUCCAAGAUAAUGUACUGUAUGUGAAAUUUUACAUUUUGACCAAUAAUAUCCAAAUAAGAUGGUACAUAAUUAUAGUAUUUGUAUAUGGACAUGUAACAUGUCAUAUACUGUAUAUUUGUAUGCAUAUGUAUAUGUGUAUAAAAAAGGACGUCUAAUAAAGAUAAUAUUGAAAUUGUAUGAAGCAA